AUGGGAGCAGAUGGCGGUACAAUCCCGAAACGUUGCGAGCUUGUAAAAAAGAAGAAAAAAAAGGAGAAACUGGAUAAGGAUGUAGCGAACGCGACACGAUGGCGACUAUGUCGGCUAAGCCAAGAACCGCUGAAGAGACCGAUUGUAGCAUGCAAAUUGGGGAACUUAUAUAAUAAAGACGAAGUUCUCAAAUCUAUUUUGUCGAAGAAAAUUGGUAGUUGUGAAGUGGCAAAGCACAUCAAAGGUUUGAAAGAUAUUAAGGAAUUGAAGCUAACGGAUAACAAAGAAUACAGGGAGAGUGGAGCUGACAAGGGAGAUAUCUACAAAGACCAUAAUAUUGCGCCAUUUUGCUGUCCAGUUACCGGGAUUUCAAUGAAUGGCAAUCAUCCAUUCACCGUUAACUGGAGAUGUGGAUGUGUCAUCUCGGAAAAAGCAAUUGAAGAAGUAAAACCAGAUGUAUGCCAUGGUUGCGGAGGUCCAUUCAGCAAAGACGACCUCAUUCUGCUUAAUCCCCCUCAGGAUGUCCUUGAGAUUUAUAAGAAGCUGGAAGAGGAACGACUAAAACGAAAAUUAAGCAAGGUACCAAAAUCAACAGAGAAAAAGUCGAGUGCUGCAAGUAAAAUGGAGGAGAUCGGAUCUACUCAGAAAAAAGAGAAAGUAAGAGAGAAUAAAAAAGAGACGGCAACAUUGAUCAAUUUUGAAGGGUUGCUUAGAAAAGCGGAGAAACGGAAAGCCGAUAAAAUCAGUUCAAUUCAGGAUUCAAAUGCAUCUGCAGCAUACAAGUCACUGUUCACGACAUGUGAAGAAGCAAAACAUAAGCCAGAACCACACUGGAUAACGCAUAAUCCACUCUUUUACUGA